AUGGAUACCGAUGAGGAAUGCUCAAUUGUUCUUCAGUUAUCUGAAAAGGAUCCUUUCUUUGACGAAAAGAAGAAACUACUACAGCGUAAGGGGUUUAGUCCCAAGGAACGGAUAGUUCUCUGGCGCACUUCAGAACCUCCUAGUGUGAAUGAUACCGUAAAGAUCUUACUUCAGAUUGCAAGAAUCAUACAGUUGAAUGAGUUGGAACUCUAUUUUGCUGAAGACGAUGUGUCAGUGGAGUUUUACAGCCCCAGGAAUGAGUUGGAGGCUCUCAAUUCAAUUGUUUUGGUCACCGAUAAAUCACUUUCUAGUUGUACACAUUCCCAUACAAAUGUCCUGCAAGGGUUACGUCAAACAAUUCUUGAUUUAAUUUCUGAUAUUGGGGACCCAAAAAAUAUGAAGGUAGUACUUGAAAAGCACCACAUUUGUAAGAAAGAAGAACACCUGAUCGAGUGGGGUAAAAGCCAUGGAGUAAAGACACAAUUAAAAAUAGCCUAUGUCGAAGGAGCAGGACGGGGAAUGAUAGGAGGGGAAGAUCUAAAAGUUGGAGAUAUUGCUAUAGAAAUUCCUGUGCCCCUUAUCAUUUCCGAGGAACUUGUGCUUGAAACUGAUAUGUAUCAACUCUUAAAAGAGGUUGAUGGCGUAUCAUCUGAGACAACAUUGCUACUAUGGAGUAUGAAAGAGAAAUACAAUUGUGAUUCAAAAUUCAAAUUUUACUUUGACACACUUCCAGAAAAAUUUAAUACAGGAUUGAGUUUUGGGAUUGAAGCGAUUACAAUGUUAGAUGGAACCUUGCUGUUUGAAGAGAUAAUGCAAGCAAGAGAGCAUCUGCAUGCUCAGUAUGAUGAGUUGGUUCCUGCUCUGUGCAAUGGUUUUCCUGAUAUAUUUCCUCCAGAGCUGUACACGUGGGAGAAAUUUCUAUGGGCUUGUGAGCUCUGGUAUUCCAAUAGCAUGAAGAUAAUGUAUUCAGAUGGAAAGUUGAGGACAUGUUUGAUCCCUCUUGCUGGCUUUCUUAAUCACUCUCUGCACCCACAUAUUAUGCACUAUGGCAAAGUAGAUCCUUCAACAAAUUCAUUGAAAUUUUGUCUAUCAAGACCAUGCAGAUCUGGAGAACAAUGCUGCUUAAGCUACGGGAACUUCUCUAGCUCUCAUUUUAUUACAUUUUACGGUUUCUUACCUCAAGGAGACAACCCGUAUGAUGUCAUUCCUUUAGACAUUGAUAGUUCUGAUGUUGACUCUAUUGAGCAUAAGCCUGGGUCCAACUGGACAACUCACAUGGUGCGUGGUACUUGGCUCUCCAACAAUCACAGCAUAUUCCAUUAUGGCCUUCCCUCUCCAUUACUGGAUCAUCUUCGGAAAUCUCGAAGUUCCGUGCUGCAAACAAAGACAUUUUUGCAAGGAAACUUGGAAAAUGAGCUGGAAGUUCUUGGAGAUCUUAAAGACAUCUUUGAUGACAUGGUGGACAAUAUGGGUGAUAUCGAUAUUGAUGACAGAGAAAACUAUAAUUGGGGUGAAAAAAUGGCAGUGCAUUUUAAAAAUCUACAAAGACGAAUUGCCCAUUCUGUUUCAGUUUCAUGCAGUUCUGGGGUCUACAUGUUGAAGAAUGAACUACAGAAGUGCAUGGCUGAGGACAUCAGAGGCUAA